GGCGCGCGCGGCAUUAGUUCGAGCGGCAGAGGGAUCGGGUCAGAUUUCGAUUACUGCCAGAUCACAAGGCGAUCCGUAUACUGACCCACGCUUGAACAUCAGGGGAUCAGCGCAGGAUCACAUCUCGGUCGCCAGCAGAUCACUGCCCGAUUUCUUCCCCUCCCUCCCCCCGCUCUAGCUCCGGCCCUCCAGCAAACAGGCAGAGAGAGAGAGAACGCCCAGGCCUCAGCAACAUGUUCGUCAUCAAGAGAGAUGGUCGCCAGGAGCGGGUCAUGUUUGACAAGAUUACAUCCCGGAUACAGAAGCUGUGCUAUGGCCUGAAUCCUGACUUUGUAGAUCCUGCACAGAUUACGAUGAAGGUGAUUCAGGGUCUCUACAGUGGUGUUACCACUGUCGAGCUAGAUACCCUAGCAGCAGAAACAGCUGCUACAAUGACCACCAAGCAUCCUGACUAUGCCAUUCUAGCUGCAAGGAUUGCCGUCUCCAACCUCCACAAAGAAACCAAAAAGGUGUUCUCUGAUGUCAUGGACGAUUUGUUUAACUACAUGAACCCUCUUGUUAACUCUCAUUCACCCAUGAUUUCCAAGGAAACGCUGGAGAUUGUGCUGGAAAACAAAGAUCGCUUGAAUUCUGCCAUAAUCUAUGACCGGGACUUCUCAUAUAAUUACUUUGGAUUCAAGACACUGGAGCGUUCCUAUCUUUUAAAGAUCAAUGGGAAAGUGGCAGAACGACCUCAGCACAUGCUUAUGAGGGUUGCUGUUGGAAUCCAUAACCGUGAUAUUGAUGCUGCCAUUGAAACAUACAACUUGUUGUCUGAAAGAUGGUUUACUCAUGCUUCUCCCACCCUGUUCAAUGCUGGCACCAACAGACCUCAACUCUCAAGCUGUUUCCUACUUGCCAUGAAGGAUGAUAGCAUUGAAGGGAUUUAUGACACUUUGAAGCAAUGCGCUCUGAUUUCCAAGUCUGCUGGUGGGAUUGGGGUUGCUGUGAGCUGUAUUCGAGCAACAGGAAGCUACAUUGCUGGCACAAAUGGAAACAGUAAUGGUCUUGUCCCAAUGUUGCGCGUUUACAAUAACACAGCACGCUACGUGGACCAGGGUGGAAACAAGAGACCAGGGGCUUUUGCCAUUUACCUGGAACCCUGGCACAUGGAUGUUUUUGACUUCUUGGAUCUGAAGAAGAACACCGGGAAGGAGGAGCAGCGAGCUCGCGAUCUCUUCUAUGCACUUUGGAUUCCAGAUCUCUUUAUGAGACGUGUAGAGAACAACCAGGAUUGGUCUUUGAUGUGUCCCCAUGAUUGUCCACACCUAGAUGAAACUUGGGGAGAAGAGUUUGAAACUCUUUAUGAAAGGUACGAGAAAGAGGGACGUGCGCGCAAGGUGGUGAAGGCACAACAGUUGUGGUAUGCAAUCAUUGAGUCUCAGACUGAGACGGGAACUCCUUAUAUGUUGUAUAAAGAUGCCUGCAACAGGAAGAGUAAUCAGCAGAAUCUGGGCACCAUCAAGUGCAGCAAUCUCUGCACUGAGAUUGUGGAAUAUACCAGUAAUAAUGAAGUUGCAGUCUGUAACUUGGCUUCUCUUGCAUUGAACAUGUACGUCACCGCAGAUCGUACUUAUGACUUCAUCAAACUAGCAGAUGUAACACGGGUGGUUGUCCGAAACCUGAACAAAAUCAUUGAAGUGAACUACUAUCCGGUUCCAGAGGCAGAGUAUUCUAAUAAAAGUCACCGGCCGAUUGGGAUCGGAGUUCAGGGGCUUGCAGAUGCCUUCAUCCUGAUGCGCUACCCUUUUGAAAGUGAAGAAGCUCAGAAUCUCAACAUUCAGAUCUUUGAGACCAUUUACUAUGCAGCUCUGGAUGCAAGUUGUGACCUGGCCAAAGAACUGGGCCCUUAUGAGAGUUAUCAGGGCUGCCCUGUCAGCAAGGGGAUCCUUCAGUAUGACAUGUGGAAUGCCACUCCCACUGAUCUUUGGGACUGGAAGGGGCUAAAGGAAAAGAUUGCAAAAUAUGGUGUGAGGAACAGCCUCCUGAUUGCUCCAAUGCCUACUGCAUCAACAGCUCAGAUCCUAGGUAACAACGAGUCAAUUGAACCGUACACCAGCAACAUCUACACACGCCGAGUAUUGUCUGGAGAGUUUCAGAUUGUUAAUCCACAUCUACUGAAAGAUCUGACUGAACGUGGACUGUGGAGUGAAGAAAUGAAGAACCGGAUCAUUUCUCAGAAUGGAUCGAUCCAGAGCAUUGAGGGGAUCCCUGAGGACCUGAAGUCACUAUACAAGACAGUCUGGGAGAUAUCGCAGAAGAUUGUGAUUAAGAUGGCAGCAGACCGUGGGGCUUACAUUGAUCAGAGCCAAUCACUCAACAUCCAUGUUGCUGAGCCUAAUUAUGGCAAGCUGACCAGCAUGCAUUUCUAUGGCUGGAAACAGGGACUGAAGACUGGCAUGUAUUAUUUAAGGACCCGACCUGCAGCCAAUCCUAUCCAGUUCACUUUGAAUAAGGAAAAUCUCCAGGAAAUUGCAACAGUGGCUGCAAGCACAAAGGAGAAGAACAAAGCAGCCAUGGUGUGUUCUCUGGAGAACAGAGCAGAUUGCCUGAUGUGUGGCUCUUAAACCCAGGGCUGUUCCCUGAGGCUUCGCCAGUGUGCUUUUUAAUUCUGGGUUUAGGUGUCACUGGCAACCCAGCGACAAGGGGCAUUCAAGGACCCCUAUCAGUUCACCAGAUCUCAUCUGUUAACCGAUACAUUGUCAUGUGAAUCUUUGUCCAACCUGGAUUUAAAUGCAGAACUAAUGAGGUCAUUGCUAGGAGAUCAUUUUAUCCUUACACUUGGUAUACAGCUUUUGUGGAAGGCACAGCACUAGCUGUAGCCAUCGAGCAGCUUUUGAAUUGAGAGUUUGGGUGAGUGCUGUAUUGUUGAGUGGGUUCCCUUUGAGAAGGAGCUGCUGAUGGUAUGGUUUCAAUAAUACUGGAUUGUGAGCAUUAUGUCCCAGGUGCUACUGCACUCACUGCCAAAGGAUUAGGUGGGUGGUUUGAUUAUUGUUCAACUAUAAGCUCAUGAUUCUUGGUGUAUAUUCCUUGUACAGUUUCUUAACUAUUAUGAAUGGUGAACCAUCAUUAAACUUGCCUAUAAAGCA